AUGAUUGCCAAUAAUAACAAUAACACAGCUUUACCCAAUGGCACAUUGAUCGAUAAUUUGCGCAUUGUCGACGUGCUUGGAAAGGGCGCUUACGGCCAAGUGUACCUCGGUCGCCAUGAAGACAAGAAUGAAUUAUAUGCUAUUAAAUCACUUCAUCACACCAGCAAACAACGGGCGCUAGAGAGAAUGGAAAUUGGACUUCAUGCACGACUUACAGGACAUCCAAACAUCAUUCAAUUGAAACGGGUCAUUCGCGACCAAGAAUUGGACUGGACACAUGUUGUAUUGGAAUAUGGCCCAGAAGGUGACCUAUUCUCUGCCAUUACCGAAAGAGAUUUGUAUGCAGGCAAUCACCCUCUCAUUCGUCGUGUCUUUUUGCAACUGUUGGAUGCUGUCAGCUAUUGCCAUGACAGCCAUGUCUACCAUCGGGAUCUCAAGCCAGAGAACAUCUUGGUGUUUGAUGGUGGCAGAACGGUCAAACUGGCAGAUUUCGGUCUCGCUACAACAAGUACCAUCUCACAAGACUUUGGCUGUGGUAGUACAUUUUAUUAUUCACCAGAAUGUCAAGGCGAUUUAUUUCAAAACAGUACAGAUCAUGUCGGUUACGCUACAGGGCCAAAUGAUGUUUGGGCACUGGGUGUCAUCCUGAUCAAUUUGGCCACGGGUAGAAACCCUUGGACGCAAGCCUCUAUGAAAGAUGAGACAUUCCGUGCUUAUUUGGCUGACCCAGACUUUCUGCUCUCCAUUUUACCCAUCUCCAAAGAACUGAAUCGUAUUCUGAAGCGUAUUUUUUGCAUUGACCCCAUGCGCCGCAUUCGCCUUCCUGAAUUGAAGGAACGUAUUCGCAACUGUAGAUACUUUACUCGCACUGCUGAAGUCGAUCGUUGGGAGCAAUGCAUUCAAAAAUCAAGAAGAUCUUAUCAUAUCAGAAAGCAAGAUGCCACCACUAUUCCUGCUGAUUUGCUACCGCCUUCUCCGCCUGCUACACCUUGCUCCAACCGUUCUCGAUCCAGUUCACCUGCCAUUUGGCAGCAACGUAUCGAUCACAGUAUCAACGAAAAACAACCUGACAAUGCAAUGUCGGAUUCUCUUCUUACUUCUAUGCUGACUACUCUUGUCGUUUAA